GCUGUACCACUCACGUGGAUUACAAAAUUUGAUCGUUGCUCCUUUCCCCUUUCGCUUUAAAUUUGUUUAUCAUUGGCAAUAAAUUUUAUACGAAAUUUGAGGUCAUGAAGGCAUUACCCCCCCUUCCCCCAGAAGGCAUUGUAUACAAAAGAUCGAAGUACCCUAGCUUAGGAGAUAAAUAUUUUCUAUUAACUUUUUAUAUAUGUUGAUCGCGGAGUAAGUCUUCACAAGACGGCAAAACAAAGACUGACCGCUACAUAUGAGCCAACAUUGGUUUUGCUGGUUUUGUAGGAAAAGUGUUAUCAGAUGGUGAUUUCACGAACGUGAGAUGAAGAUGGCUGCACCUGGGAGAAAAGAAAGAAGAGAGGCCACAGACAGCAAAGCAGCAUACGAAAAAAGGGAAAAAAGAAGAAGAAUCCGAAAGCUGCAGGAGGCUAUUGAACAAAAUGAUGUUGCCACUGUUCAGGAACUUCUCCAUCAGGAGUUUGAUGUUGAUUUUCGCUAUAAAGGCCAGACAGCCCUACAAUUGGCUGUUUGCCAUGGACAGUUUGAAAUUUGCAAACUUCUGCUUGAGCGGGGUGCAAGUGUAAAUGAAACAGAUGUGGAGCUAAACUCCUUGCUGAACAUGGCUUGCUGGCAUGGUUUUGCAAACAUUUCUCAGCUCUUGAUUGACAGCAACGUGAACAAGGAUUUGGAGAAUGAUAAAGGCACAACACCAUUGCAUGCCUGUGCCAAGAAGGGACAUGCAUCCAUAGCAAAGAUUUUGCUGGCUGCUGGUUGUAACCCAAAUAGCCCUGACAGAUUUGGCUGUACACCAGCAUACAUUGCAGCUCGAGAAUCACAUGUGCAGGUGAUGGAAGAACUGGUUUAUGCUGGAGCAGAUUUGGAUUGGGUAGAUCAGAACUAUCGAACCCCCCUUAUGGUUGCAGCAGAGCAGGGGGAUGUAGAUAUGGUGAAGAUAUUGCUGGCUGGAGGGGCACAGUGUGACAAACAAGACCGUCAUGGAAACACAGCCUUGCUAGAUGCUGCAGCUAACAGUCAGAAAGAGGUGGUGAAGGUGUUGCUUCGGUACCAUGCUAACCCUGACAUCCCAUGCACUAAAGGCAGCACACCCCUGCUUGAGGCUGUACGCAGCAGCAAUCUUGAUAUUGCUCAAAUGCUUAUAGAGGCUGGCUGCAACAUCAAUUUGUCAGACCGUUUGAGUCAUGCUCCCAUUCAUGAGGCCAUCAGACAAGUAGCUCAGUAUUUUGACCCAGCCAUGAGCAGCACAGCAGUCAGCUUAGUGAAGCAGCUGGUUUCCAAAGGAGCUAACUUGAACGUUGCAGACAAUCAAGGCUGGAGGCCUAUUUACCAAGCAGCCUAUGGUGGAAACAAGGAAUUAACACAGCUGCUGUUGGAGAGUGGAGCUGAUGUUACUGUUGUAACCACUUCUGGCGAUACUGUGAUGCAUGGUGCAGUCUAUGGCAACAACCUGGAUAUUGUUGAGUUAUUUAUUACAGCAGGUUGCGCUGUGAAUGGAGUAAACAAAGCUGGUCAAACGCCACUGAUGUCUGGCAUUGCAUCCAGAUCUAACAUCAGAAUUCUGAAAUCAUUAAUUGAGGCAGAUGCAGACUUGAACCAGCCUGAAAGCAGUGGCCUGAGAACACCACUGCAUGAAGCUAUCCAUCAGCACUAUAAUAAGGCAGCAAUUCUUCUUAUUGAUUCUGGUUGCUACUUGACUGCAGUCAACAGAGAGCGACAAACACCACUGUACUGUGCCAGUGCAAAAGGCAAUGACGAGAUUGUUGCCUACCUGUUGGCAGCCCUUCCCAGACCCCUUCCUCCUACAUCAUUAUCAGCCAUUCCUGUGCAUGCGGCAGCCAAGUUCGGACAUGCACAUACUCUGCAGCUUCUGGCUGAGGCUGGCAGCGACAUUAACCAGAUAAACAGUGAUGGCCUCACACCCCUGCAAGUAGCUGCUCAGGAAGACAACUUCCCUGCUGCAAGGCGUUUACUUCAGCUGGGUUGUGACAUAGAUGCCCAUGCCAAGGUCACCCAUCUGCUUAAGUGUUGUCUCAUGAAUGAGGAUCGCCAUCCACACUUUGCGUUGGAGCCCCUCUUUCUGGCCAUGACUCACCGCAACAUAGAACUCAUGCGCCUCUUUGUGGAUUGCUACAGUCACCUGCCAUUUAUCACCAUUAGACUUCUGAAGGGCUGCCUGAAGACAUCCCGUGAACUCCUUGUUCACUAUUCUGGCACCAUGAAGUCUGACCUCUUGGUCUUGUUUACCGAGACUCUUUCUCAGCCCAAACGGCUGCAGGAUUUGGCACGACGGACAAUCCGUUUAUCCCUGGGGUCUCUUCCUCACAGGAAAGUCACUAGUCUUCCAGUUGCAGAAAAACUGAAGGAUUAUAUCCUGAUGAAAGAUGUUUUUGAAGGAUGGGAUGGAAGUGAUAGGCUAGAUGAAGAAAUCAAAAGUACCUCUUUAGUAUUUAGACGGCGGUUUCUGGAAGAGGACUAAUCAAGAGACAAAAAAGUUGUUUUUUUUCUGAAUCAGUUGUAUUAUCUUCUGAGUGGUUUAUAGAGUGGCUUACAUAGCAUGCAAUAUCCUUUUCACUUAAUGGCCAUUUUCUUCACCCCAUCUGCCUGCCAUGUCUCCAGAACCCAUCCCGCAUUAGUGAAUCCCUUCCAAAGUUUGAUGUGAAACACUACCUCCAGAUGAUGUUUCUCCCUGCCAUUCUGCAGUUGUCUAGUUUAACAGUCAUACUGCACCGAGACAUUUUACUUCCGUAGACAUGAAUUUCUUGAAGUAGCUUCCCCAUCUUUUCAUAAAGUGGUAGUAUAGCUAGGUUGGCAGAGCUCUUUGUUCAAGAAGCAAUGCCACAGUGAGAGAGUAAGCUGUCAUUCAAAUUCUCAGUACUGUAGAACAUUUUAUAUUUAGAAGAAAAAGUGCAUGUUUGUAGAUUCUAGUGUUUAUCAUACUCCUUUGCUCUAGAAUAGUAAGUAGCAAGGGGAAUAAAAUUGACUGCUUUCUUGAGGUCUUGCUUGGGAUUCUGCCUCUGUUGCUUCAUACACUCAGUUGUGCUUGUCUGCUGGUGCUGGAGUUUAAAUAUUGAAGCAUGCAUCUAGACCUGUCAGUUGGAUCCGUUGUGCACAUGCAACAUGGGGCAAACUGGUUUGGAGGCCAAGCCAGCAACUAAAGCUACAUCAUGGCAAAGCAGCUGGCCCUGUAAACAGGUGCCUUAUGUGGAGAAAGAACCGCAUACCCUGAGAAUGAAAGUUGAAAACAG